AUGAGUGUGAAGUCCCCAAGCAAAGAUAGGAGGCGCCCCCGGCCUAAGGGGUUUUUUGCUUCCCUCCUCUGCUCGUGGCAGGUGAACGGGACCAUGGUGACCCACAGCUCCCAUCUCGAAGUGGUGAAACUCAUCAAGUCUGGGGCCUACGUCGCUCUCACUCUCUUGGGCUCCCCUCCGGCAUCAGCAGGGCUUCCGGGAUGCCAGCAAGACGGGGUCCCCCAGCCGGGAGAUCCUGCCCGCCUGCCCAGUGACUCCAGCUCCAUCUGCUCCCGCCCGGCCGAGGGACGCCUCUCCGUGGAUUCCCAAGACGGGGACAGUGGCCUGGACUCUGGCCCAGAGCGGUUCCUCCCCGUGAGCGAGGGCUCCCUCAGCCGGAACGCGGUCCUUUCUGAGCCCGGCCCAGAGAGCCCCCACCCCUCCCCGGUCAUCGCCUCCCGGCUGUUCCCGCACCACCGGCGCCAAGGCUCGGACACGCCGUUCUCCCCUUCCUCCGCGGAGCAGAGUUCGGACCGGAUGCUCCGGCAGCCGCUGAUCAUCGGUCCGGAGGAAGACUACGACCCGGGAUGCUUCAACAACGAGUGCGAUUCCCUCUUCCAAGACCUGGGGAGGCUGAAGACGCGGCCGGCUCACCUGGGCGUGUUCCUGCGCUACCUCUUCUCUCAAGCGGACCCCAGUCCUCUGCCGCUGAGAGUCAAGAUCCCGGAGCAGGUACUGGCUGAAAUAGACGCUCGCGUGCGGAACGGAGAAGAUGCCCGAAGCGCCUUCUUGGAGGCCCAAGAGGUGGUCAUGAUGGAGAUCCAGGAGCAGAUCCAGGACUACAGGACGAAGCGCACUAUGGGGCUGGGCAGCCUCUAUGGGGAGAACGACCUGGCGGAGCUGGACGGAGAUCCCCAGAGAGAGCGCCAGGUGGCGGAGAAGCAGAUCGCUCACCUUGGGGACAUCCUGUCCAAAUACGAAGAGGACCGGAGCGCCCCCAUGAGCUUUGCCUUGAACACCUACAUGAGCCACGUGGGGCUCCGGCCACGUGAGACCCGACCGGUCAGUGUGGUGGAGAAGGCUCAGGAGAAGGACAAGUGGCUUCCCUUCUUCCCAAACGGUCAGCAGAGCAGCAGCACGAAGAAAGACAAGGAGGCCUCGGCGGAGGACAAGAAGCGCAACCCGAUCCUCAAGUACAUCGGGAAGCCGAAAAGCGCCUCCCAGAGCACAUUUCAUGUCCCUUUAUCCCCUGUCGAAGGGACCAAGGCUCGGCUGACGGCAGCGUCUUCUCCCUCCAGGUCCCUGGAAAACCCCACGCCUCCCUACACACCCAAAAUGGGGCGCAGGAGCAUCGAGUCCCCGAACCUGGGCUUCAGCGCCGACGCUUUUCUCCCCCACCUGCUGGAGGACGACCUCGGGCCCCUCUCGGACCUGGAGUUGGAGAUGGACUCACAGAACUGGCAGCACACGGUGGGCCGGGAGGUGGUGGCCGCGCUGCCCCAGCGGGAGAUCGACCGCCAGGAGGUCAUCAACGAGCUGUUCGUGACGGAGGCCUCCCACCUGCGGGUCCUGCGCGUGCUGGACGUCGUCUUCUACCAGCGGAUGAAGAAGGAGAGCCUGCUCUCGCGUGAGGAGCGGGACCUGAUCUUCCCCAACCUCCCGGAGCUGAUUGAGAUCCACAAUUCUCUGUCCGAGGCCAUGAAGAAGCUGCGCGAAGAAGGCCCCGUCGUCAGGGAGAUUGGGGACCUGAUGCUUGCGCGGUUUGACGGGGCCGCCCGGGAGGAAAUCCAGGAGGUGGCCGCCCACUUCUGCGCUUACCAGUCGGUGGCCCUGGAGCUGAUCAAGACCAAGAAGCGGAAGGAGACGCGCUUCCAGCUCUUCAUGCAGGAAGCCGAGAGCAACCCCCAGUGCCGCCGCCUGCAGCUGAAGGACCUCCUCAUCUCCGAGAUGCAGCGCCUGACCAAGUACCCCCUCCUGCUUGAGAACGUCCUCAAGCAUUCCCACGGGAACACGUCUGAAUACCAGAAGCUGAGCCGGGCCCGAGACCAGUGCAGGGAGAUCCUCAGGUACGUGAACGAGGCGGUGAGGCGGGCAGAAAACCAGCACCGACUGGAGGCCUACCAGAAGCGCCUGGACACCACCUCCCUGGAGCGGACCAGCAACCCGCUGGCGGCCGAGUUCAAGAGCCUUGACCUCCGAAGCCGGCGGAUGAUCCACGAGGGGCCCCUGAGCUGGCGGGUCAGCAAAGACAAGACCGUGGACCUCCACGUGCUGCUUCUGGAGGACCUGCUGGUGCUCCUUCAGCGCCAGGACGAGAAGCUGGUCCUGAAAUGCCACAGCAAGACGGCGCUGGGCUCCUCCGACCCCAAGCAGAGCUUCAGCCCCGUCCUUAAACUCAACUCGGUCCUCAUCCGCUCCGUGGCCACCGAUAAGCGCGCCCUCUUCAUCAUCUGCACCUCUGAACUGGGACCCCAGAUCUACGAGCUGGUUGCUUCCACCUCCUCGGAGAAGAGCACGUAUGACCCUGUGCCAUCCUCCCCAGAGCUGCCCCUGCCCCCGCCGGCGCCCUCCAGUCUGGGGCUCCAGGAGGCUGGCCUUCCCUCGGGCCUGGCUCAGGAGAGCUGCAUGUCCGGCCGAGAAGCAGAGGAGGGCGAGGAAGAGGAGGGACGGGAGGAGGAAGAGGAGGCGGAGAAGGAGGAAGAGGAGGCAGAAGAGGAGGCUUCAGACGAGACCCCGACCGAUGCCCGCUCGGAGGAGAAGCCUCUCGUCCUGGGGGAGCCGGGGGGGAGAGGCCACCAGGAGGAAGAGGAAGAGGAGAAGCAAGAGGAGGAGGAGGAGGAGGAGGAGGAGGAAGGCCGGCCGGCCGGUGCGUUUGGAUCGUUCCCUCUGGAAGAAGAGGCGUGUCUUCUAGAGGGGGGGAAGGAGCCCAGCUGGACCCCCCUGCCGGACACUCGGGAGCUCCCGGUGUUUUCAGCCAGCAUGGCGGAGUCGGCCCUGGAGGACGUGGAGACCCUGCGCCACCUCCUUCUCCACAGCUUCCUGCAGAGCCGACAGACGGAGCCCCACGAGGAGCUGCCCCCCACCCCCUGCACGGAGGGCCCCAGCCAGCCCUGGGACCCGGGGGAGCCCCCGGAGGAAGGGGGUGUCCAGCCCUCGGGGUUGGAAGGCGACGGCCAGGGGUCUGAAGUGGGGGCCGCCCCCCACGGCCCCCCGGGCGCAGCGGAGGGCCCCCCCGUCGUUCCAGAGGGCCCUCGGGAGGCCAAGGGACCAGGCGGCCCCCAAGUGGUGCGGAAAGCUGCGGUGGAGGGAUCUCACGGUGCUUCCCCUUUGCCGGACGGCCGCCGGGCAGCGAGCGACGCCGGAGGCGCAGACGGCCCCGAGGGUCACGAGGAACUCCACACCUCUUCUGUCUCCCGAGGGAACUACUUCUAUGUGAGCCUCCCGGCGGCCGAGGGGGAGUCCCACACCGAAGAAGGGGGAGGGAGGAGCCCCCCUUCCGCAGCCGCAGCCGAUCCUUCGUGCCAGCCAAAGAGCCCGCCUCCCGCCAGGCCCCCGCCCAGCGCCCUGCAGGCCCCCCAGGAGGACGCCUCGGGGUGCCCCGGCCCCCUGGAAGGCUCAGCGCCUGCCGAGCACCCCACCUCCAGCCAAACAGCUCGGGAGGUCGAGGGCAUCUUCCGCACCAUCAACCAGCUCACCCUGAAGCUGGCCAGGCUAAAGGACCUCGAAGUCGCCCACCAGCAGCUCCUCCGGUCACUCGCCGCGCAGGCUGCCCCGCUGGGAGAGCUGCCCUCCGUGUCCGGCCAAGCGUCGCCCCGGCACCCUCAGGAGGAGGCCCCAGACAGGGGGCGUCCUCUGCCCUCCCCACCGUCCCUGGCGCCCGCGGAGCCUGGCCAGGCGGCCCUCCAUGAAGACGGCCCCCGGGAGGUGACUCUUUAGCCACGGUGGGGGGGGGCGGGAGCUUUGGCAACGGAAGGAAGGGAAGCUCCCACCUUGGUGGGACCGGCCAGUUCGAGGAAGGCAGACGAGGCCCACCCGCCAGCCCACCUCCGGCCCUGGAGAGAGACAGUAAAGCCUAGGAGGCGGAAGAGGAGAAACUGGAAAAAGGGCUUCAUCUCUUUUCGUCCAGGGGAGCCGUCCGGGCAGGCGGGCGAGGGAGACUUCCCUUGGCCUGAUUUAAACUCUUCUGUGAGCAAGAUCGGGGGUUCUCCCUGGCGGGGGCUUUCCCAAAAAGAGUCUCCUGCCCCCCCCCACGCCCGCCCCCGGAUGGCUCCUUUUCUUGCUUUCAGGCCCGCACGGCUGGACCCCCCCCCAGGCCUUGCCCGCAUGUCGGCCCCCUUCCCCCGGGGCGGGAGGGGUAAGGUCUCUCCCCGCUGGGCCAAAUCAGGGGCGUGUUUGUGCAGCAGGCAUAGGUGUGCGUCUGCACCACCGGCCGGCGUGCGUUCCUCCCCACCGGGCAGAGGAGACCCCACUCUGCCUCAUUGCACUUUUGGGUUUGUUACUUUAUUUUUUCGCCAUGCUGAGGAAAGCAGGCCCUGCUCCUCCUCCCAGCCCCCCCCCAAACGGGCGCUGCGUCCAGACCUCCUAAAGCAGAUAUAAAUAUGUAUGUAUGUAUGUAUGUGCGCACUGAGUAACUGUAAAUACGAUAGGCUGUUGUUA